AUGUAUGUCUCAUUUUUAAUAAAGAGUUAAAUGAAUUCUAGAAAUUAAGGAAGAUUCUUGAAUGAGAUGACGAAGUAAAUUAUAGCUUCUUAGCAAAAAAAUUCUCUUUUUAAUGAAAUCUUCUAAGAAUCCUUUAUUGAAAUUAAAAUAAACCAAUGUGAUUUUUAUAUAGAAAUCAUAGACAAUUGA